AUGCACAAGUACCUCCUCCUGCUUGCCAUCCUCGCCGCCACGGCUCACUACACGGCGCGGUACAACGUGUUCUUCUACUGCAACGCGACGGCGUUCGUGGCGUCGCUGGUGAUCAUCAUGCUGCUGCUGAGCAGCACCUUCAGCUUCCACGGGUACCGCGUCCGCGCGCUGCAGGCGGCCAUGGUGCUGGACCUGCUGGGCCUCAUGGGCGCCUUCACGGCGGGGAGCUGCCGGAAGGCCAGGACGUCGGCGUACAUCGUGGCGCUUGCCUGCGCCUGCGUCGAGUACCUCGUCGUGCUCCUGCUGCUGCACUUCUGGGUCCGGAGCAGCCGCUGCCCGUCCACCCGACGGGAGGUCUCCGAGCUGCUCAACCUGCACCGCCUCUGCCUCUGUUGCUGUUGCUGUGGCCGGAGUGACGACGGCGCUGCCGCCGCGCAAGAUGCUCCCAGAGGGACACGCGCACGCGUGUGA